AACGUCUUUGAUCUCUAGCUCAAAGGGGCAACCGGCAAAGUGAGCAAAGAAGGCUCACCGACUUAAACUGCUCGUUGCCGAGAAACUGAACCCUGGUUGUCCUGUUAAACCAGUUUGAAACUUUCAAAUAAUUUUCUUUUUGGCCUGAAAUACUUAUGAAUGGCGUGGAGAGAGCUUGGCAAAAAGGGCAUAUGUGCCAGUCUAACUACAGAUUUAACUUCAAGACUACGAAGACAUGGUUUUACUUCUGUAUCUACUGUUGAUGAUAUAAUAAAAUCAAUGUCUGCUGCUGUCAGAUACACACCAGAUCCCUUGUUUGUGUCACGGAGGUUUGAUUUUAAUGAAGCUUUGACAAAAGAGUCCCUGAUACGAUGCUAUCAUGCGAGCCCAGAACUGUUUGCUAGAAAAGGAAAUGACGAGUCAUUUGGUUUAAAAACUCCCAAGAAAGAGAAGUUUGUAAAGAGGGACAGUAAGGCCCAGCCUCCUGUUGAAGCUCCAUAUGUGCCUCCUAAAUCACAAAGAACUACCAAAUCUAUCUCAGAUAAGACGAUUGAGAUUUUUGAAGGCAUGACAGUUGUUGAGCUUGCCAAGCGUACUGGUGAAUCAAUAUCCACUCUGCAAGGUAUUCUUACAAAUGUUGGGGAAAAGGUUGGCACGGAGUUUGAUCCUCUCAGCAUGGAUGUUGCGGAGUUGAUUGCAAUGGAAGUUGGGAUCAACAUUAAGAGGCUGCACUCCAAUGAAGGUUCAGAAAUUCUACCUCGACCUCCAGUUGUAACUGUCAUGGGUCAUGUUGACCAUGGGAAAACUUCGCUUCUGGAUGCUCUACGUCAAACAUCUGUGGCUGCCAAGGAAGCUGGAGGAAUUACUCAACAUCUAGGUGCUUUUGUUGUUGGCAUGACCUCAGGAGCAUCAAUUACAUUUCUUGACACCCCUGGUCAUGCAGCCUUUAGUGCGAUGAGGGCAAGAGGGGCUGCUGUCACAGAUAUAGUUGUUCUAGUUGUAGCUGCUGAUGAUGGGGUGAUGCCUCAAACUCUUGAAGCCAUGGCCCAUGCAAAGGCUGCUAAUGUACCGAUUGUAGUUGCAAUUAAUAAAUGUGAUAAACCAGCUGCUAACCCAGAAAGAAUAAGGAUCCAGCUUGCUUCUGAGGGUUUGAUGCUAGAGGAUAUGGGUGGAGAUGUUCAGGUUGUUGAGGUUUCAGCGUUGAAGAAGAUUGGAUUAGAUAACUUGGAGGAGGCUUUGCUUCUCCAGGCUGAAAUAAUGGAUCUGAAAGCUCGAAUCGAUGGGCCUGCUCAUGCUUAUGUGGUGGAGGCAAGACUUGAUAAGGGGAAGGGUCCAUCGGUUACUGCAAUAGUGAAAGGAGGGACUUUAUUAUGUGGGCAGAAUGUGGUUGUGGGCUCAGAGUGGGGCAGAAUAAGGGCUAUUAGGGACAUGGCGGGUAAGUUGGUAGAGAAGGCAAGACCCGCAAUGCCAAUUGAGAUUGAAGGGUUGAAGGGACUUCCAAGGGCGGGAGAUGAUAUCAUUGUUGUGGAAUCUGAGGAGCGAGCUAGAAUGCUUAGUGCAGGGAGGAAAAAGAAAUUCGAGAAAGAUAGACUUAUCAAGAUUGUUGAAGAGAGGGCUUCUGAGGAGCAAGAUAAAAAGCUUAGUGUGGGGAGUAAAAAGAAAUUUGAGAAAGGUAGACAUAUGAAGAUUAUUGAUGAGAGGGCAGAAGCUCAACAACCAGAAGCAUCAGAAGAGGAGCCCAAGAGGGUGGAAGUGCCGAUAAUAGUAAAAGCAGAUGUUCAGGGCACUGUCCAAGCUGUUACAGAUGCAUUACUGAAUUUGAAUAGUCCUCAGGUCUUUGUGAAUGUAGUGCAUGUUGGUGUUGGACCUAUAUAUCAGUCUGAUUUGGACAUGGCAGAAGCCUGUGGUGCAUGCAUUAUUGGAUUUAAUAUAAAAACUCCACCCAGUUCUGUCAGUUUGGCUGCAGCUCGAGCCAGUGUAAAGAUAAUGCUGCAUCGUGUGAUCUAUCACCUUCUGGAGGACGUUGGCAAUUUUAUAGUAGACAAAGCCCCUGGGACUCCUGAGACCAAGGUUGCUGGGGAGGCUGAGGUGCUAAGUAUUUUUGAGCUCAAAGGAAGGAGCAAGUCCAAGGGACCUGAUGUGAAGAUUGCUGGAUGUCGGGUGAUUGAUGGUUUUGUAACUAAGUCGGGAAUCUUGAGGCUCCUUAGGAGUGGGGAAGUUGUAUUUGAAGGAUCAUGUGAAUCGCUCAAGCGGGAGAAACAGGACGUGGACACAGUAAAGAAGGGGAAUGAGUGUGGACUGGUAAUCCAGAAUUACGAUGAUUUCCAGGUUGGAGACAUGGUCCAAUGCUUGGAGCAAGUUAUUAGGAAGCCCAAGUUCGUUUCGUCAGAGAGUGGUGCUGCUCGAAUAGAGUGCUGAUCGUUUUCAUGUUAGAAAUAUGUUAAAGUAUGACUUUUAAUUUUGAUUGUUUACCCCCUCAUCUCUCGUUUAGUGGAUAAAAAAUUUUGUGCCGCUAGUCCCUAAAAGCUGGAUUGAUGUGGGGUUCAUUUGCUCAUCCAACCAUGUUCUUGAGCAGCUUAGGUUUAUUUUUGUAAGCAUUCCAAUUUUGAGCAGCUUAGGUUUAUUAUACAACUUAUUAUGUUGUACCAUCGAGGAACCUCUGAUACAUGUAACAAAGAUUGAGGAAAGUAAAGAAUUUAUUCAACUCCCUACCUCAU